UUGUGCAUGCAUGCAUGAAAGACUAGAUAAUUGAUAUCACGGGCCUGUCAAGCACACCCAGAAACCUCUCUAGGUUGUAUUCAGAAAACAACCUGGAGAGAAAAGUCGGCCUACAUAAGAGUAUUGGACUCCUCCGUGCAGAGGGGGGACCAAGUAUCUCAUCAGUACCACGUGUGUCCGUGUGCUCUGUCUCUGAGUCUGCGCCUUCAAGUGGAACACAGUGAAACACUCGACAUUUAUCAGUCGGCGAGUGUAAACACGGGGACAGAUGUCUCUCGCCGCAUUCUUCCACUGGAACACUUUUACAGAAACGCUCCAAGACUACCCUGUGUGACAGUCCCUCGCCCCUCCCUCCCUCCCCGCUCCCAGCAGCAGGAACAAAAAGACAUUUGAGACAUGUGGAUGGGGAGGAAAUUUCACAGUAGUCUGUGAGGUGCCACCGCUCUCCGGUUUCAGAAGGUCGUGCCAGGCGCAGCGGCGCUGCGUUUACGCUGCUUUUACGCACAGCCUGAGAGUAGAUGCUGGUUAGUAGCUGCUGCUGAAGGGGAUGGCCGGCGGCUCAGCCUGGAUACCACACUCCAAAUUCCUUUCUUUUUGCCUUUUUACAUGACUCUAGAUCUAUGUAAUAUAGAUAUCUCGCAGAGAGAGUCGCUUAGAAAGCUGCGCAACGCGUGAAGGAUGGACGUCUUUUUCUCAUAGUUAGACAUUUUGACUUACUUACAAGGUAUUUUCCGCCUUGACUUUUAAAUUCAUUCCAACAUCUCCUGGUUGGCACAUAAAAGGAGAAGUAAAAAAAAAAAGAGUUCUCCAUGGCUUCGCACAACCCCGUGAAGGCGCGGCGUCGUAUCCGUCCGACGUUUUGAUCCUCCUGCCGUGAAAACCUUCGCGUCUUGCGAGGAUAUUUUCCCCCCUUUUUUCGUGUGUGUGUUUUUGUUAUUUACUAAAUAACCUUACGUGCAGUUUGGAGACAAGACGGGACAGGUUUGUGGAGGUACGCAGAGGGGAGCAGCGCCUCAGAAAAGCUGGCAGCAGUUCAUCAAGCGGUGAUUACACGUGAAUCAGAGACACAAGUAGACUGAGGGGUGCUGAAACUGCGGGAGCCCUGACAGGACUGCGAGCAGAGGAAAAAAGGGCAUUCUGGUGGCGCACAAAAGAGGGGCAGGAGGAGGCGCUUCGUGCACUGGAGCUGCGCGGCUGUUUGAUGGAUCCUUCAUGUUGGCUCCAGCCUCAGAGAACACUGCCUGCCCUGAACAGUUGCGAGCCGUGACAACACGCUGGGAGCCAUGACGCACCGCGGAUGGAUAGGACGCAGCAGGAGCAGGAGCAGGAGUGCAGCCCUGCGCGUCUCCGGUGCGCGCCCGGAGCGGGAUGGCCUCGGGACAGCAGGUGGGUCCAGAUGGAGGGUUCGGAGGAGGGACGUCACGUCAACAAAGGCCAAGAUGCUGCUGUGGGUGCUGGUCUCUCUGCUGCCUCUGGUGGACGGGGCUCACAUGAGAGCCGCUGCCGCUGCCGCUGGCGUGGGAUCAGAAUCAGGCCGCGCCGCGGGCCUGCUGGGAGGCCAGGAAGAGAGAGAUUUCCCUGUGACACUGCCAGAAGUGGUGGAGGACAAGGAGCAGGAAGACGACAGUCGCCCUCGCUCUACUUGGCACGCUCUAUAUGGGCCUUUGGUAAUGGAUGAGAUGGAUGACCAUCCCAGUAUCCGCUGGGCGGGGCGCUCUCCCCGCUCGUCUGACCCCACAGAACCUCAACCCAAGGGAUCACAGAAGAAAAAGAAGAAGAGGAAGAAGAAAGAAAGGGAGGAAGAGGAAGAGGCAGGAGGAGGGGAUGGAAAGGGUAAAGGUAAAAGCAGGCGCCCAAAGCAGAGCAGCAGGGACUGCCGCGUGGAGAAGAGAGAGAUGAGGGUUCGAGACCUGGGACUGGGCUUCGACUCCGACGAGAUUGUCCUCUUCAAGUUUUGUGUGGGAUCCUGCCAGUCCUCAAGAACAAACUAUGACCUGGCCCUGAAGGCGCUGCUGGAAAAUGGCUCGCUGCCUAGACGCACUAUCCGCAAGGUCAGUAGCCACCCCUGCUGCCGGCCCGACCGGUACGAGCCGGUUUCCUUCAUGGACGCCCAGACCACGUGGAGGACCAUCCAGUCGUUAUCUGCUGCCAGCUGCAUGUGCAUGGGCUGAAGAGACAAACGAGGGAAAGAGUGACGGGGAUUGAUGUCACUCUUCCUGAACAGAGGAGGCUCCGGUGGGCGUCGUGUCCAGGAAGGCCUGCAUGUAGGAAACCACCAGUGGGGGGCGCUGUCCCGCGCGGGGCCGGGGGCACGGGGUCACGGGUCACGCCCUCUGUUUGGUGCAGCUGGACGUUUAAAGGCAGAGGUCAAACUCCGAGACCGAGGGGGAGGAUCAUCAGGGAAUCCCAUUCUGGAUGUAUUGUUGCUCCAUCAAAGAAUGACUUGUUUCCAACUAAAUGUCCAGCAACUGAUGCAGGAUAGUCGAGGUCAGUUUCUAACUUACAGAAAAGACUUCUUGUGUUGAACAUGUUUUACUUUAUAUGGGAGAGAGCUAAAGGCUCCGAGCUCAAGAGAGAAGAAGGAGAAACACAGCUAAUGGACUGACACUGAGGACUGACUAAAACGUCUAUGCUAUAACUUAAAAAAGAGAAGAAAAAACUAACAAAAAGGACAAAACAGAUGGACAUAACCAGUGAAACAAACAGGGACAUCAUCUUGUAUCUUUUCAGGUGAACUCAACCAAAUAGAUGCCAUGCAUCUUCAUGUAUUACUGUGUAAAAGUAAAAUAUAUUUAUUUCAGAUAAAUUAUUUAUUUAUUAUGGCUUCAUAUGAGAGCUGUUUUAUGAACUUUAUAAUGUAGAUAUAUAUAGCUAUUUAUUUCCAGGAUUCACAGUUCACAGUUUACAGUUGCUUCUGUUAUCUUAGACUUUGUACUUUUUCUUUUUUUUUUCCUGUUUGAAGAGGUGAUUUUCAUGUUUACCCAAUAUAGUAACUAAAACGUGGGCCAGACGACUGGGUGGAUUAGAGAUUUACAACAAAGCAGUCAGGGAACUCUCCCCGACACUUCAUCAUGAAUGGAGGAAAUCAAAUUGACCUUGAUCUUAUUUUAGGAGCAAAUCACUCUUCUGAGUUUGACAGUUAGUCUCUCUCUCUCUCCCUCCUCUUUCCUCCCCUUUUCUCGUCUUUUUGUUUUUGUAUCUGGUGUUGUCAAUUGAAAGUCACAUUUAUCACAAUAAAAUGUACAAAUUUGACAGAUGACACUGUUAAGUUACAACACCUCCACACUUAAUUCCCAUAUUAAAGUGUUUUCCAAUUUAUUCUCUCUCACCUG